UUCUUCGUACGUCCGAAGUCUCCCGAAUGAAUAGAUUUCCUUGCUUGUCAGGUGUCAGUUGGAUCUAUGCACCUGAUUUGGUGUUUUUAUGUUUUGAUUUUUGAGACUAUUUUAGUUUUAAGUGUUGUUGAUCCAAUAAUAAACAGUGUCUCAUUUAUCUGUGAUAGUUUUUGGUGCUCUUAAGUUUUGCUUCUAGUUAGUGUGGAUUUUAACAUUUUUUCUUAGGAAUCUUACCUGUGUUUAUCUCAUUCCAGCAGACUCAACUCUAGACGGACGGUAUACAUAAGAUGUCCCCAAUAAUCACCCCAGGAUGCGACAAAACAUUGACCGGCGAUACGCAGAGUCCAUCCUAUAGUCCCCAAAGAAGGUUAGACGAGGCCAAAAGUCAAUUUUCUUCACUUUCCGAUGCUGAAAGCUACGAAUGGAACGGCGAACAGGACGUAGAUGCUGAUUCAGGGAUAUCCACUGAUAGGAACGUUGGGGGGAGCCUGAGAGGAAGAAAUAAAAAUAACAAUAUAAGUCGCAAUACUUGGCAAAGGACAAGUUUAAGGAGAUCAACACCAAGUCAUAUGAAAAGGCAGCUUGGGUCCAAUGCACUAGCUAGUCAAUUAUACAGAAGUUAUAGCUUCAACUCUUCCGGCAGAAGCAGUAACUGCGAUCCUGCUGAUGAAAUAUAUUCGGAUGCUUCGCUCGAAGAGGAUGUUAAUGAAAUACACCAUAAGGUUCAAAUGCUCGAGGAACAAAUUGGUGUACUCAAAGAAUCAUCUUUACAGAAUGACGAAAGGUAUACUAGAGCCAGAGUUGAUAAUGCCACAUUAAGUACAAGAAUUUUAAUGUUAGAGGAGCAAAUUAGAGAUAUGGAAAUAAGAUACGAAGAGCGUCUUCAGGAAGAACAAAGAAGAUCGAAAGAAUUGAUCUCAAGGUUAGAAAGAGAAAAACAAUUACAAUUAGAAAACGCCAGUAUUAAAUUACAAUCAUCUGAAGCAGAAUGCAUUAAUCUCAAAGAAGAACUUGCUAGGCAUAGGAGUUUGAUACAAAAAAUUGAGAAUGAACGUAAACAGUUGAUGGCACAAAUACAUGAAUUAAAUGAAGAAAUGAAUUCUGCCAAAGAUGAAGCUUGUAAAUCCAAAGAAAUGGAAAGAAGACUCAACAAAGAGUGUGACGCGAAAAAUACAUUAAUCGAGGAACUAUCUCUUGAAAUUGAAAAGUUGAGAACUGAAGCGAGAACGCCAGCGUUACCCACGACAUCAGUAGAUGCGCUACGAUUGGAAGAACUCCAUGAAGAAUUGUCCUCUUUGAGAGAUAAGAAUUUAAAACUCGAAGAGGUCAAUGAGGAGCUCCAGGCUAGUCUGUUGCAUGCUGGACUCGAACAGGGAAAAUUCCUCACAGCUCAAGAAACAAGUCUUGCUGCUGAAUUGGAAGCAAUGAGCAAAGAUGAGAUCAGCACUAUUGCAGAUAAUGAUGAUUUUUAUAAGAUUCAACGUGCACUGAAAGAGCAACAAGACGUGAAUUCUCAACUCAAAAACUAUAUUGAUGGAAUACUCCUCAAUAUUGUAGAGAAUUAUCCUCAAUUGUUGGAAGUUAAACAAAAGUCCUGAACAGUGAAAUUAUCAAAGUGAAAAAUUGUGAAUUAUAGUGCUGACAAUAAACUACAGAACUAUACUUCAUGAAGCAGCUUGCCAAGGAAAGGAUCAGGAGAAGAUACAAAAUGAAGAAAAUCCCUCCAAAAUACUCUUAUUUUUUCACAUAUGUAUUUCAUAUCGAUAAAACUGCAAUAAUUCUUUUUAUUUAGCUUCCUUCAAUGUUUUAAGUAUUGACUUUAUUGUAACUCUUCUACUGAAAAUGACUUCUUUCAUAUUGGGAUAUUAAUUUAUCAUCAAAUUUAUGCAUUGUAUCAAGGACAGUCAUAUUAAUUAUUAGAAUUACUAUUUAACUUAUAUUUUGUCAUGCCAAAUGUGUUUUAUAAUAUAAUAAAUUCAACAGAUAAAUCAUUUGUUAUGUUCAUUUCUAUUUUUGAAAAUUUCAUUUCAAAUUUCCAACUUGGUUAACUAAUGCAAUUCAUUAUUUCAUCUCCAUACAAUUUCUGUGAUUAUUCUAAUUUGAAUCAGAGUUUCAUUGGGAAUGUUUGACUCCAGAUCAUCAUAUAUAAUAUCACUGGAAAUAUAGUUCUGGUCUAUAAAAAGUUAAGAAAGUGAACUAUGAAAAAAUAUAUAAUAUUGUUUGAUUAUGGUUGUUUCUCCAAACAACUUUUAAACAUUAGUUAAGUAUCUCAAUUCUCGAAUAUAUUUCUAAUUUAUGCUAUUGAACCAUGAUGUAGCUUUAAUAGUUCAGCAAAUUGUGCCUGAAUACUGAAAAAAAUUAAUUAUGAAAAAACUGUAAUAUUUCUGUUGCUGGAUUGGAAAUAUUACUUCAUAAGUAAAUACACUGUGAUGAAAAAAUUAAUAUUUUUCUAUUGAUAUUGAGUAUAAAUGAUCUAUUAUAAUAAGACAAUGGUAUUGGAAGUGAUGUAUUCUAGCUAAAUUGUUUCAUGUAUUAUAAUAAUUGUGUUGAUUAGUGAUUGUAAUAUAUUUUCAUACAAUUAAUGUUUCGAGUAGUGAACCGGCCUAAUUUUGUUAUAUAAUCUGGAUGAUAUGAAAUGAAUAUAUGAAUGUUAAUUA